AGUUGUGCUUUGUACCCGAUAAUUUAAAUUUUUAUUUUUCUGUAUCUGUAUCUCUACCGCUUCUCUGCUCGGAGCGCUGGAAAAACUAAUUUUAGAUCCAAGUAUAAAGUCCACGUAAACUACAAGGCACGAAAAUUUUUUUCUCACUAACAAACUACAACUUGUACCACUUAAGCUUUUUUCAAAAUGACUCGUGUUUCGCAAAAGAGUUCGAGUUCGUUCAUCUCCACCCCGGAAAAGAAGGACGGGUCCACGUUCAGCUUCCGUGGUGUGCGGCGAAUCAACUACGACUUCGCAGCACCGUUAGUACAACAAGAACUGUCCUCACAUCAACUGCAAGCACCUCCAGGAAGUCCUCCACCGAUACCGAAGGGUCAUGUAGGUCAGCAGAGGACUCGGGGUGUCCUAACAAAGAGCGCCGGGAGUGGACGUCGACAAGGGGGCGUUUUAAGUCGAGGUCAUUCACCACCGAGUACAUCACAAGGACCACCACGGAUUGGUACUGAAUUCCGCCCUCUGCGCGUUGAAGAUUUACGAAACGGCGCGACCUUGGUCAUUGGAGAACAGCCUGUUAUGGAAGUAGUGUCAGGUGUAGUGAAAUCUUCGACAAAGUUGAACUAACUUAGGUGUCACUUAUUCCGACGUGUUGAAACUAUCUAAACCGGCGAGGACGCCAGUUCGUCCAGACGAACUCAUAAUAUACAGGUCCUAGUCCGCGCAUCAUGUUGACCGUUUUUAUGCCAAACACGCAAAGUCAACCUGUAGUCAUCAUGCUGCUUAGGGUAAAGCUAAAGGCAAGAGCUCUUCUUGUAGAUGCUCUGCAGCACGAAGAUCUUCCCCAACAUCCACUACCACAAUCUGCCACCAGGUUGGUUUUCGUUUUAUUGUAGCAACUACACAGGCAAAUUUUAUCUUGCGUGUUGCGUUUUGUCAGUUGCUGUUGCAACUGCAAGGUUUUUCAACUUUGGAAAAAAUGUCCAACGCCUGACACCUCCAUACAGCGGCCUUAUCGAACAGCCAUGCGGUUUCCGGCCUAUCACAGCCCUCUUCAGGACUACAACCUGUUGACGAUUGUGUCCAGUGCCUGGGUUCCGAACGAGAUUUGGAGCAAGUACGAAAAGGCCAACAAGAGUUCGCUGAGGUUAAAAAACGAGGAAGAAAUCAUGAAGCUGAAAUUUCAACAUACCGACGCGUUGAUCGACGUUUACCAUGCCGCCAGCAGAGAAACUUUGUCCCUGCCCGUGAAGACUUUGUUGGAUAUGGGUACUGGCGACGGAAACAACAGUAGCUGGAAUUAUGACGGUACUUAUUAUUCUAGUACCGGCUGCCGCGCAGGAACAAGUUCUAUUGCGGCGGUGUUGGGGGCCGCCGGGGGGAUCAAGAAUCAUCAUAACUACAAUCUACUUGCUCAGACCAUUACGCCAGCGCACGACCACAGCACCUCAACAUCACCACCACGACUCCUAUCUCUCACACCGCCUUCCAAGUUUCUGAUCGAAACGCAGGUGGCUAUUAGCACGAGUCUCGGGGGUAUGAGAGUGCACAACUUCGCCCCCUCUGUCUCCCUCAUCUGUGUUGCAUGAGCAGCAAGACAAACACCAGCACACGUGGAGCCGGUGCAUCACAAAUUCAUGCGCCUAGUGGAGUAUUGCUAUUGUUUGGACUUCCGACCGGAAUCUGUCAUGCAGACAGUGCCACAGGGAUGCACUUGGGUUUGGGGUUUUGCAUGACAAAUGAGGGAUGAACGGGGGACGGGUUGUGCACUCUGAUAGAAGGAGGACGACCAGCUGACUGGACAACGGGGACGAUGCAGCAGGGCCUUUACACCGCCAUGCGGGAAAUUGUCCGCGCUUCGGCCGGGCCUAGACCGUUGUUUGGCUUUCGCGCGCAAGAAGGACGAGAACUGUUUGACGGGGCAUCAAGUGCAUCAAGUGGACAUCAAAAUAUCAAGACUAGAAGGACGACCAUCCUCGAAGAUAAAGUCGGUUUACUCGCACAUGAAGACCUCCACCAGUACAAGGACCACCUGCGCGGCCAGCUGAAUUGGCAUUGGAAGUCCUACGCUGAUGUAUUCGACGAGGCCUUGAAGUUGGUUGCGUUCUUCGAAAGAAGCCUGAAAAGGGAGCUAAGCUUGUCUUCACUAGGAGAAGAUGAGAAUCUUGAUCUUCGCUUAGGGGGCAGGGACUUGAAGAUGUCCUCUACAAGUGAAUCCUGUCACGACCACUACAAGAAGAUCCGCGUCGGGAUUUACAGUGGCGACUUCGCGACGGCAACCGCACGGCAGCUCGAGCACGCAGCGGUGGCCGCGGUGGCAAGCUUAAUUUUAUGGCGUUCUCAAACCUUACAUUCUCAACUGUUACACGAUUUGUCAUGCAAAAUGAGCAUCAAGCACCGCACGGCGAAGCUACUUCGCAUGAGAAAUUUUGGAAUAGCUAAACAGCAUGGAUAUCUUGGCCAAAUUUGUAAUGCAAGAGUUGCAAGCUCCGGCCUUUCCCUUUUGCCAUUCCAGCAUCACAAAUCCACGUAACAGUUGAGAAUGUAACAGUUGAGAACGCCAUAAAUUUCCGGCAUCACCUUUGUCGGGCUCUCCCACCAUGCGGAGAAAAGUGUUUUGAAACACGUCAUGGAAGAGGCAGAGUUAACUGCCGUCUUCGUCCCGGGUGGCGAAGCGUUGGAAAAAUUCAGCGACAUCAUCAGGGAGAAUUAUAGCAGAAGUACAACAGGAGGCGACAACAACAAUACCGCACUUCUGCAGCAGGUCAAACUCAUUGUUAUUGGUACACCUCCUGCUGUUUCCGCCGAGGAGGAUCAGCGUCUGUAUCAGAAGCCGCAAGAACAGCUGACGAACAUCUUUUCCGGCGUGGAGUCAGAGUCAGAACCGCAAAUCCUGAAGUACACAGACAUCAUUUCCGACAAGUCUUUUCAAUAUCCAGGAAAAAAAGAUUGUAGCUGUAACUUUUUUGGAGGAACAGCAUUACAAAUCUGUCUCGCAUGAGAGCAAAAACCUGUCAUGCAUAGAUUGUACGUGAAAACGCGCUUGAAUGGACCUUGCAAUGCACAUCAGCAUGACAGCCGCAAUUAUUUUGCAGGUUUUGCAUCACAAAUUUACACUAACAAUGUUUUUUUCUUGGAUAUUCAAAAUGCUGCUUUUAGUGAUCCCGAUCAUGAACAGUACGAGUUUCUCUUUCGAUAUGGAAGUGUCAGGAUUGAAAUCGACAAAGUUGAAAUACUUUCUCAUGCAUAAAUUGCAAGGCAUGGAGCGCCUCUCUUGCAGGCAUGGAAAACGAGGCCGACUGUCAGCCUGUUUGGGGUCUGCGAUAGAGCUGCUAAAGUAGCAUGACAAAAGGCGCCUACUGUCCCCAAACAGCACGACAGACUGGAUUUUGACGGUGCCGAAAUUUGUCACGCACCGCUUGAAAAUUGGGCUUGGCUUCCAACUGGUAUCGAUUUUAUGCAUCACAAAUUUUUUCGAUUUUGUCGAGUUCGAGCCUGACGCUUCCAUAUCCGAAAGCCGGAGUGCCGCGUGCUACCGGAGGACAUCUCGUGCCUGCUCUAUACCUCGGGGUCUAGCGGCGCCAAGCCGAAGGGGGCGAUUCAGACACAGGAAACGUUCUAUGAGCUGCAAAAGUAUCGUACUCGUAUAAAUGCAUUACAAAUUCCCUCAGCAUGAGAAAUAAGAUUUGUCAUGCGGAUUUACCUUAGGAAAAAAAUUUGUAAUGCAGAAAAGCAAUUAGUACGAGUUGUGCGAUGCUUUUGCAGUUCAUACGUUCAAGCAAGAGACAAUUCUCCCCGGACUACCCGACCCAGGCUUGUUCGAAAUAUCCUGUGCAAAAGUAUCGUACUCGUAGUAAUUGCAGUCAUGCAUUACAAAUCUCUCUCUUGAGGCAAAUCAGCAUUACAAAUUUCGUUUUUCAUGCUGAGGAAAUUUGUAAUGCAUUUAUACGAGUACGAUGCUUUUGCAUUGCAUACGAGAGGACCAGCACUUCUUCUACUGCGAGGGAGUCCUACCGGUCUCUCCUCUACUUCGAUACCAUGAGUUCCGUCUUUGCGUCCAAAACGCCGGUUCACGUCAGCUCGUUCCUCUACGGAAUCGCCUCCGCAAUCAGACAAGGCUCCCGGUACGCGUUUCUACCGGACCCAGGGCAGCUGUUUAUGAGAGUGCACAACUCCCCCUCCCCCUCAUUUGUGAUGCAAAAUCCCAAAUCCAAUUGCUGCCUUCGCCUUGUGGCACUGUUUGCAUUAAGCACAAAUUGAAAUUUUGGAAGCCCAAACUACAGUACUACACUGGGCGCAUGAACUUGUCAUGCACAGGAUGCACGUGUGCUAGUGUUUGUAUUGGUGUUCGCGCAAUACAAAUAAGGGGGAGGGGGAGUUGUGCACUGUCAUACUGUUCUCGCACAUGACCGAAGUCGAGCCGGAUGCUGUCUCUGAGGUGCCGGCCGUUUGGAGGCCGUUGUACACGGAAUUUCUCGAUGAACUGGCAGAGUUGGGGGAGAAAAAGAAGUCGGAGGAUGCAUUAACAACUAGUAUUCGUCCUCCGACUUCUAGUAUUACUUCUACGCCUGGUGGAGUAGACGAACUUCUCAAAACGGCCCAAGGUCAGCAUCUCCUUGACAGGUUCCGCAAAAAGUUGGGACGGCGGGUCAGUGCGUUGAAUACCGGGGGUGCGAAGCCGCAGCCGGAAGUACAAGGAUUUUUGAAGCAAGUUUUUGGCGAAUUCGCCACCGUCACCGAGAACUACGCGUCCACGGAAGCGGGCCCGAUCACAUACGGGAAGGACAACCGGUUGGAGGACGACGUGGAUGUGCAGCUGCGCGACUGGGGCGAGUACAAAGCGGCUGAGGGCUUCGGGGAAAUUCUGGUCCAUACUAAGACCCUGUUUCAGGGCUAUCUGAAUCGGGAGGAUUUGAACCAAGAGGCGUUUGUCACGCUGUGGACUACAAAUCAUGACGACCCAGGAGGGAACAAGAAAGUCCAGAAGAAGUUUUUCGCGACCGGGGACAUUGGGCACCUGACGGUUGACAAAUCCACCGGCGCCCGGCUUUUAGAGGUGAUUGACCGGAAGAGCAGUUUCUUCAAACUGUCCAACGGGGAGUGGGUCUCGCCGGAGAAAGUCGAGCAGUAUUUGUUGCAAAGAAUUCCGCAGAUCAAGCAGAUUUUCGUGCAUGGAGACAGCGAGCACGACAGCGUGGUUGCGGUGAUGAUACCGUCAAAUAAACCGAUAGAAGUACAUCAGCCUCCUGGAGGUGCAAACGAAGUCGAACUACAAAAACGGUCUAUGGAUUGUAAAAAUGUCUGGGUCUGGAAGGUUGGAACUUGUAAUGCUAGCUUUCCAUGCCUAGAAAAUCUGUGUUGCAUAACCAACAAAAGUCGCAGCCUCUUUUGCAUGCAAAGACGCAGCUUCUCAUGCGGAUUGCCUAUGAGAAAGCGUUUUGGGAAGUUGUCAUGCCGAACUGCAUUCGGAAGUGUUUUUAUUAUGCACAUUUUAGCAUCACAAGUUUCCAGACCCAGACACUUUUACAUUUGAUACGGUCAUUGCAGCACCAAAUCGAGCGGCAACUGAUGCGAAUCUCCGACCCGAUCCUGCGCAUCAUGAAAAAUGCGUUGAAGCAGGAUCGCGAGCUACAGAUUUACUCGAAUAAAAAGGAUAUUAACUACGCCGGAAACAUGAUGUUUUCAUUUUCAACGGCACUCUCUGCUAGGGAUAUGAAAACGAUGUUGUCCGCGGACGACCACGACGAUUUGAAUCCAGACGGCGCAAGUACGCAACUCCGAACUUUUGAGUACCCGAAGGCUUUAUGAACUGCAAAAGCAUCGUACUAGUAUAAAUCGCAUGACAAAUCUCCUCAACAUGAGAAAUGGAAUUUGUUGUAAUGCGGAUUCAAUUUGAGAAAGAAAUAAAUUUGUAAUGCAUGAAUGCGAUUGGUACGAAUACGAUACUUUUGCACAGGAUAGGCUUUUUAUCUGGACACGGAAGAAGACGCGACUUUCACAUUGCAAAACCACCUUCUCACCGGCCCGGGGAAGCAAGCCCGGCCGAAGAUUCGGGCGAAGUACGAGGAGAAGUUGGAUGGUUUACUGGAAGAUGUAGCGAGAAAGACUAGGAUGCGUAUCCUGUGCAAAAGUAUCGUACUCGUAGCAAUUGCAGUCAUGCAUUACGUAAGGGAAAUCCGCAUGACAAAUUUUAUUGCUCAUGCUGAGGUGGAAAUUUGUAAUGCAGUUAAACGAGUGCGAUACUUUUGCAAUGCAUAGUGCGCGAAGACCAGCAAGUGUCGAAGCUAACAAAGCUUUUGGACGACGCGGUGAAAAUGAAAGCAGACCCAGGAGAUGACCCCGAUGAAAUACUCGUUUCUGAUGAUGCAGAAGGACCAACUACAACUACUGCUACUUUACAACAACUGGAAGCCGCUUGGGAAGCAGAAAUCGGUCCAAAUUUUGAUUCUCUCGGCAUGAUUCAGCUCCAGGGCAAGAUCAAGCGCCACUUUGGUCUGUCGGAACUGAGCGUGAGGGAUCUGUUGUUAUGCAGCGGAACGAGUGGAGCGACGAGCCCGGUACCGUCGUUGGCUAACGUGGCAAAGCUCGUGAAGAAGGAACUGCGAAAGAAAGAUGGAGCUGGGGAAGAUGUUGAGCCUGUUAGGAUGAUGGCAACACCAGCGGCCAACAACAAGCGGAACUACGACUGGGAAAGGGAAACCUCUUGGCGUGCGGAAGACUUUAAUAUUUUCGGAGAUGAUCAUGAUGCACCGCCGGGGGACCACAACGACUCCAUCGAGGAGAUAAGCAAGAACGCUGUAGAUCAGGAGAAGGUGAGCAAAAACUCCAAGUCGCUCUACUCGCUCCCCAAACAUCAACAGCAGCCACAGGAGCAUCAACAUGGAGGUGCGCCACCAAUAAAUGAAGAUCGCAACGGGAUCUUUCUCACCGGAGGCUCUGGCUUCCUGGGAAGUGCGGUUUUACGGGACGUUUUGAGGAGUGACAACUACAAAAAUCGGAAAGUGUACGCGCUUGUGAGGCCCAGCCGGCGCGGCCCGCAGAAGAUGGUAGUUGAUUAUACGCAAGACACAUCCACCACCGAAGGGGGGCAGGAGGAUCGCUCCUCUUCAUCCCUCCUUCUCGACCGUCUGUACGAUGUGCAGAAGCGGUUUCUCUACACGACGUCGAGUGAUUCUACUCAGUUGACAAAAACACAAUUCGCCAACCGUGUCAUCCCCGUCGAGGGAGACCUGGCGUGCGACGGCCCGCGGCUGUGCAUCUCGGACGAAAUGUUCCGAGAAAUUAGGAACAACUGCGACACCUUUAUCCACAGCGGCGCAAAAGUGGACCAUUUACUCCCCUACAAAUCUUUACGGCAGGGCAACGUGGUCGCCACUCGCGAGAUUGUGAAGAUGGCGGGGCAUGUAGAAGAUCUUGAUGUCGGGCUGCUAAGUAUACCAAAUGCAAAAAUAUCUGGGUCUGGAAGAAUGCAAACUUCUCAUGCAUAUUUUCCAUGCCCCAUGAGUUUUGGAAUGCAGGACCUAGCAUGACAGGUUCUGCGACGUCCCUAUCAUGCCUAUCCUGCAUGACAAACUGCCUCUAAACUUGCUCAAAAUGGACAGGUUUUGGUAGUCAUGCAACACAAAUGUUUGUACGAUCCAGCAUGACAAGUUCGCAUCCUCCCAGACCCAGACAUAUUUGCAAUGCAUAAAGUACAACCUUCUUGCCAGCAGACUUCAAGAAGAACACACUGCUGUUUGUGUCGACGGUCAGUGUGGACGGCCUGCAACGGUUUCGAAAAGAUAAAGAUGCGGAAGGUCCUCCUCGCCUCGUUCAGCAGGACUACGAUGAAACCCUCGGCCCCUUGCCACAGAAUCGACUUUCGGGAAAGGACGUGGGGAGUACAACAAAUCUUCCGGAAGAUGACAACGGCUACGCGGUGUCGAAAUGGGUUGGGGAAGAGCUCGUGCUGGAAGCGAUCAGACUCGCAUCGGAAGAACAAGCUCAAGAAUCGGAAACAUUUUUAGAAAACGUGUCAACACCUCCACGACCACAAUUCCCGCUUCUGGAAACGCGCGGUCCACGAAGCAGCAAGGUUUUGCGCAGUGGCAUGCUCGGCUUUGCGACGGACACGGGGGCUGCGAACUACGAAGAUUGGUUUGUGCGGUACGUGGCGGGCACUAUGCAGCUAGGGGCUUUUUACAACGGCGAGCAGCAUGCGGGACAAACAGGAACCGAACCACAAGCACAAGCAUCGUUUCCACCCGGGAUGCCAGCAGCUUUUAUUGCAGGGAAUGAAAAUAGCGAACAUACUAGGCAAGCACCACGCCCUACUAUGUCCCGGCUUUGCCCCGUUGAUUACGCGGCGAGAGUGGUUACCGUCUUGGCUCUAUCAAACGUAAAAAUGUCUGGGUCUGGAACAUUCUAAACUUGUGAUACUGUCCCUGGAUUCUGAAACAAUUUGCAUUGCAUGACCAGCAAGAGGACUCCAGUUUGUGCUACGCGGAGAGGGCAUUUCUCAUGCGGUAGAGGUAUCACAAAGCGCUCUCAAAGGCUGUGAUGCUACGGCAUGCAUCACAAAGACAAACGUCAUGGGUCAUGGAAAAUGUGCAUGACAAAUCUUGCAAUCUUCCAGACCCAGACAUUUUUACAAUGCAUAGGCUCUAAAUGAUAUUCCGACACCACACGACGACGCACGCCGUUUCUCUGCCUGGACCCCGCCAAUCUACAUGCUUCCCGCGCAAAGGGUAGACCUCGGGCAGAUGUUCUUCAGAAUCUCAAAGUACCUUGGACAACAAGGAAAUAAGGUCGCAACAAGUACUACUACCACAGUAGACCUCCACGCGGAAGGUAAAAUUAAAAACAAACACCAAAACCACCACCUCGCUGACCCCACCUACCGCUAUUGCCGGAUUCGGAGUCAGGCCGUGUGGGAAAAUGCUGUGCUGACCGGUGGUGCGGUGACGCCGAAAAAUCGCAUGUUUCCCUUGAAACAGAACUACGGUGAGGGCAUCGUGGACGAGGAAGAAUCGCGCAUGACCGACUUGUCUGUGUUGCGGAGAAGCCGGCGAAAUGGUCGGCACAGAGCCUAUCUGCUGGACUCAACAGGUUUUUUUCCUCCUUGGUUCCAGACGUUUAGCUUUCCGUCCUGUCCCGUGUACAACGCGGAAUCUUUUGACGCGUUUGCGAACUGGUUGAUUCACACGCACGGAGACGAGGUGUUGGACCUGGGCUACGUUCUGUUUGACGGAGCAGGAGGUACUACAGGAACUCCUGGCAGCGGGGCUAAAGUUGUAGAUGGAAGCAGCACAGUGGUCGGAGCUUCUGACGGUGGCAAUAAGGACGAAGUUGAGGAUGAUGCUUGUGGAGGUCACUUGAUGCAGCUAGCGGGACAACUAGAACCGCAACAAGGACAGGCAGGAAGAUCAUCUUUUCUGACGGUUGAGGACUCGACGAGCACGCAGGCUCUUGAAGCCUUACCGUUACCGGGGGAGCAUCUGCAGCACCAGGUGCCCCUCCCGUAUACUUCAGGAGAGGAUUCUGGGGCGCUGUUGUUGCAGCAGUACAGGGCCACGUCCUCGCACCAGGUGGAAAGUUCUUUUUCUGCUUCGUCGACCCCGCGGAGUAGAUACGAAUCCGAUAGAAGUACAGCAACAAGCACCAACGGGAUCGCUAAGCUUUCAAUUUAUUCUAACACAAGCCCAACAGGAACAGUAUAUGAUUCUCUCUUCUUCCCGGUCGUUUUACUUUUGGGUGCGGUUGCCGUAAUCUUCUUGGUCCGUUUGACCCCCGCGCGGAGGAGGUCUGUUGUGGUGAAGGUGUAGACCAUCAAGUUUGAUGAGUUCUGCUGUAGAGUUUUUGUUUUUAUCUGACGAGCCUGCUCCUUAUGUUUUUUCCGAGUACAAGGCUGAGAACUUACUAUAGCUGUGAGUGUACAAUGUUGAAAAUCCGAAAUUUGUCCGGAAAAGUUCGGAUUUAGAGUGAGGUAGGUAUCGAGGACUUCUAGUUGAUGCGAGCGUCUUCGUUGAAGUUGAUUGCGAAAGCGAAGGGAGCCAGAGCCAGUCAUGCGCUGUCUUAUAAUAUGUGGUUGUUCAUCGCUGACGGGAGUUUCUUGGAGUGAAUGGCGGACCUGGGAGAGCGAGAGGUGACGUGCCCAGUAAACGUAAAAGCAAAUUCUUUGAGAGUACGAGCGCACAGAGAUAACAGUAGCAACA